AUGCCAAGGCAUAAGCCUGUAAUUCCACCCCUUACUACUUCGCCUGUGAAAAAAUAUCAGCCAUAUAAUUUAAAAAGACCUAAAAAAUAUGCCGAUUUCCUUGGCCCCCAAUCCGCACCUGAAUCUGAACCCUCAACGUCCAAAAAGAAAGGACAUAAGCACGUCCCAGCCACUGAAGUCCCUAUUUCCCAGCUGUCACGAUGCAUUGAGAUAGCAAACGCCAGCAGCACCGUGAUGACACAAUGCUGGGGGCCUGGCAUUGAGCCUAUGCAUUGGUGGCAGGUGCCAAAUUGCCAUGAUCAUGUAGGAAAUGCAAUGUCAGCGGAUGCCAGCAAUGUUUCGACUCCCCCUUCAAUGCCAGCUCUAAAAAAGGAAUCACCAAUAUGGGAAGCAUCCCCUCAGGGUUGGCUGGAAAAUAUCACAGAGCCCACUCCUUCAGGCCCAGACACUGCUCUGUCCCCUACACUGUUGCGGUCAGCUUCCCGAAAGCAGGCCAAGAGAGCAUUACAAAAUCUGCAAAAGCAAGUUGCAUGGCUCCAUUGGCGCUGUGAUGUAAUACACAAAGCGGUGGAAAUCUAUCUAGGUCUAGAGGCGAAGAAGGCAGGACAUGUGCCCCUUGCCACCCCCAGCGAGACGUUGUAUGAUGGAAAUGGAAAACUGCAAACACCAGCAGCAUCGCUGUGCUCCCACUGCAAUACAUCUUUCCAGUUUCAUUCACUCAUGAUGAUCACAUUCUCAGGUACAUUUGCGUUCUGA